AAAGAGAGAAAUAUCUUCAAGUUCAUGCGGAAAAAAAAAUCACGAAAAGCCAAAAACUUGAGAAAACAUUCACUGUUUGGUGUUCCACCAGAAACCAGUUCAGCUUCAGAUUCACUCAACCGUCUCACUUUCUCCAUCUCUCUAGAUCCAAUCAACUCUGCUUGCUCUCUCUCUCUCUCUCUCUCUCUCUCUCUCUCUAGAUCCAAGUUUCGGCAAGUGGGGUUCAUCUUCUUCACAGUAAUCCAUGCAAGAGUGGACAGAUUCAGGUUUGUGUUCCUUACUUUAAAAUUUCGGUUGGAUUCAAACACUAUCCAUGAAAGUAUAGGCUUAAGAUUGAGUACCCUUUCAAGGAUAUUGUGUUAUAUUGUUCAUUGACUUGACCUCUGUGGAUGGAUGAAAUUUGUGGAAACUGAGUAGAAAUUUGAGAUUUGAAGACUUGGGUUUUCAAAUUUGAGUAGUUUAAGGCUCUGGGCGGCUGAGAAACCUUGAAGAAAGUGAUAGGAAUUGUAGAAAGUUUGAGAUGAUGAAGUUUGCAUGUUUGGUUGUUGUGGUUUGGAGCGUUUAUGGGUUGCUGUUUAGUUUGGGGCUCACUUAUUCAGAACAAUCAGAACCAGGAUUCGAAUUUACAAAUGGAAGAAGUGGAAGCCCUGUUACUUACAGCUAUGAUCGGAUCGAUGAAGUGAAGAAAGAAUGUCGUUUUGUUCUUUCUUCUGCUUCUGAACUGAAAGCUGAAGAUAAUCGAAUUUAUAGCAUAAAAACUGAGCUCUUUUUUGUCAAUGGGGACUGGAGGCAGGAGGUGGGUGAUGCUCCAAUUAUCCCAUUUGAUGAUAGAGAAUUUGAAAUGAGCUUGGUGGAGGAUAUUAAUCGUACGUCAUCGAACUUGGUUUCAUUUUGGGUUAUGGAUGUUGAUCGUGCCCAUCGAUCCAAGAAGUCAGUGAGUGUUAGUGGGGUCAUGGUUUUGGGCAUUACUAAAGGCGGUAGCUUUGCGGAUUAUAGGUACGAAGGAAAUCCAAAAUUUCAAAUAUGGCCCGGCCAUUCUCAGCUCACAGUUUCCUUCCAAGGGAUUUACACUGAAUCCAAGAAAAAUGGUGGGGAAAGAGUAAUGUGUUUGUUGGGGAGUACAAUGUUGCCGUCCCGGGAGACUGAUUCUGCUAAUCCCUGGGAGUGGUUGAAGGCUUCUGAUGAAAAUUACGACCAACCUCCUCUUUCCGAAGAUGAUCAGAUUCUACUAAUUCUUCAUUAUCCAGCGACUUUCUCAUUGACAAAUAGGGUUAUCCAAGGAGAAUUAAGAAGCUUAAAUUCAAAGUCAAACUCAAAGUACUUUGAUACGGUUCACAUUUCAUCACAGUUGGGAAAGUCCGCAACGUAUGAGUUUGGAGCUGAAAAGAUCGUGUCAAGAGCAUGUGAUCCGUACCCUUCUAAUGAUAACUUGAUAUAUGGUGGCAUUAGCAUUUACAAAGGUCCUUCGUUUUGUGAAAUCCUCCAAGAAGUUACACGGGAACAAGCUUUCACUGUCUUGCCAAACUGGAGAUGUAAUUUCCCGGGUGAUUUUUGCAGCAAGCUGGGUCCAUUUGUGGCAGAUAAAGAGAUUAGGGCAUCAAAUGGAAGCUUUAAAGGUGUUAAAAUUUUUAUGCAGGAUAUCAAGUGUGAACAAAAAAAUGCCGCAGGAAAUGCCAGUUCAGCAACGGUUUCAGCUGUGUUUAGAGCUGUUUCCCCGCUAGAGAAUGAGUAUACUGCGGCAAAGAGAUCUGGGCUUAACAACAUGACUGUUGCAGCGGAAGGAAUAUGGAAGUCUACCAGUGGGCAGCUUUGCAUGGCUGGUUGCCUUGGACUUGCUGAUGUUCAAGGAGGUCAAUGCAAUAGUCGAAUCUGCCUGUACAUACCAGUCUCUUUUUCCAUAAAGCAACGAAGCAUUAUUUAUGGAAGUUUAUCCAGCAUCAAUAACAGUGGUGCAUUGUAUUUUCCUCUCUCCUUUGAAAAGCUAGUGCAACCUACAGAGCUGUGGAAUUACUUCAGAACCUCCAGUCCAAACUACAGGUACACAAAACUUGAUUCAGCUGCUAUUAUCUUGGAAAAAAAUGAGGCCUUUAGUGUUGGAACUGUCAUAAAAAAAUCACUGCUGAAUUUUCCCAAACUGGAAGAUACAGAAUCUUUUCAAGUCAGUCUUUCUCUUCUCUCGGAAGACCUAACCCUUCACGAGUCUGCAUUUCUCGAUCCAAUCCGAGAUCUUCACUCUCCAAGAAUAGAUAUUCAGAUGGAGAUUCUGUCAGUCGGUCCCUUGUUUGGGCGCUUUUGGUCUCCACAAAACAGUUCAACUGCAGAAGAGGGGACUCCUUACCACACGAAGGCUGAAUACACUGAAAAGCAGCUCCUUAUGAAUAUAUCUGCACAACUCACCAUCACUGGGAAAGGUUUCAGCAAUUUUUCAGUUCUCUUUCUGGAGGGUCUUUAUGACCCACAUGUGGGAAAGAUGUAUCUAGUUGGCUGCAGGGAUGUUCGAGCCUCGUGGAAGAUCUUGUAUGAGAGCAUGGAUCUUGAGGCUGGGCUUGAUUGUUUAAUUGAGGUGGUUGUGUCGUAUCCUCCCACUACAUCUCUAUGGUUAGGCAAUCCAACAGCAAGUAUUUCCGUAGCCAGUCAAAGGAAUGAAGAUGACCCCCUUUUCUUUAGUACAGUCAAGCUCAGAACUCUUCCAAUUAUGUACAGAAAACAGCGGGAAAGCAUCCUCUCUCGUCGAGGCAUUGAGGGAAUCCUCCGGAUUUUGACUCUUUCCCUGGCAAUUUCUGGCAUUUUAAGCCAACUGUUUUACAUCAGGCAUAAUGUGGAUACUGUUCCUUACAUGUCUCUGGUCAUGCUAGGUAUCCAAGCCAUUGGGUACAGCAUUCCUCUGGUCACUGAUGCUGAAGCGCUCUUCAAGAGGAUAUCUUCCGACUCCAAUGCAACAUCUUCGUAUGACCUUGAGAACAAUCAGUGGUUCCAUAUACUUGAUUACACGGUAAAGUUUCUGGUGAUGGUUUCACUUUUACUCACUUUAAGGCUUUGUCAGAAGGUGUGGAAAUCUCGAAUCAGAUUACUUACGCAAACUCCUCUUGAGCCACAUCGUGUACCUAGUGAUAAACGGGUGCUUCUGACUACCUUUGCAAUACAUUUUAUUGGCUAUAUCAUUGUUUUAAUCAUUCAUAGUAUGACAACUAGCAGAAGAUAUAUUCGGACAAAAAGCUAUAGAAUAGCUAGAGCAAAUUCUCAUGCACUGUGGGAGUGGGAAACUGAGCUAGAGGAGUAUGUCGGUCUUGUUCAAGAUUUUUUCCUUCUCCCACAAAUCAUUGGCAACCUUGUGUGGCAGAUGGAUUGCAAACCGCUCAGAAAGUUCUAUUUCUUUGCAAUCACAUUGGUCAGAAUCUUCCCUCACAUUUAUGAUUAUAUUAGAGCUCCUGCUCUCAAUCCUUACUUUGCAGAGGACUACGAGCUUGUCAACCCGACUAUGGAUUUUUACUCCAAGUUUGGGGAUAUUGCCAUACCGGUUACAGCAAUCAUACUUGCAGGUAUAGUCUAUGCUCAGCAGAGGUGGAGUUACGAGAGGAUCAGCCAGACUCUUACCGUGGGGCAAUAUAGGCUUCUUCCUUUGGGUUCGAGAAUGUAUGAGAGGUUGCCUUCAAGUUCCAUGGCAUUUGAAGCUGAGCUUGUUUCGAGUGUCAAUGGUAAUGCUAGACACGAGAAAGAGAAAGAGAAUGAUGAUGGUGAGUAGAAUCGUAAUGUGUAAAACCCUUUAAGAUUACAUACAGAAAAAGGUGGUGUUGUAAAAAUAUAUGCACGGUUGAUGUUACUUUGAAGUUUGUUCUCACUUUGGCAUGUUCAUGUUGGCUUCUAAAAGAAUAAUGAUAAGACACAAAUUCUCCAAUUUACCUGUUC